CCCAAUAGCCCCUUAUUUCAGUGUGGCUGGUUUGGGAGUAGGGUUUCCAGUUUCCAUACCUGAUGUGAUCUCGCAGCUGGAACGAGGAGAAGAGCCAUGGAUCCCAGACCUCCAGGGUUCUGAGGAAGAAGUGCUCCUGAGAGGUGAUGGGAUGGUGAAUGAGAAUGAGGAGGAGAAACCCCAGCAGGAAGAUGCUGAGCAAAUAGAACCACAUGGGACGUUAUCAGGAAGAUCCAAAGGGAAUAUUUCUGGGAGUUUUGCACUCGGAGAAAAAGCAAAAGCCUGUGAGACUCAGGAGAGGCCAGAGGAAAACUUCGGUAGCCACUCAGACCUUAUAAUACAUGACAGAAUCAACUUGGAAGAGACACGCUACACGUGCUCUGAGUAUGGGAAAAGCUUCAAUGAUAGUUCAACCCUCACCUCACAUCAGCGAAUCGACACAGGAGAAGUGCCCCACACAUGCUUUGAGUGUGGGAAAAGCUUCAAUCACAGUUCUGCCCUGAGCAAACAUUGGAGAAUACACACAGGUGAAAAACCGUAUGGAUGCUCUGAGUGCGGGAAAAGCUUCAAUCAUAUCUCUACCCUGAGCGCACAUAGGAGAAUCCACACCGGUGAAAAACCAUAUAGAUGCUCUGAGUGCGGGAAAAGCUUCAAUCAGAGCUCUGCCCUGAGCACACACAGAAGAAUCCACACAGGUGAGAAACCGUAUGGAUGCUCUGAGUGCGGGAAAAGCUUCAAUCAGAUCUCUGCCCUGAGCGCACAUAGGAGAAUCCACACCG